CAUGUUCUAUAUUUGGAAUUAAGCCACCUUCCCCUGGAUGGGGGUAGGGAAAGUUCUUCCAGCAUCCUGAGAUCACACAACAUGUUCCAUCUACUCUUAAGAGGGGUCUGACUGGAACCAUCAAGAACUAGAUUAACUGUCAUUUUUCUUGGGUCCCUGCCAGGCUCCAGCAAAACAAUGCCUUUCUUUGGGCGCAUGCAGUAACAGGAAAGAAUGACCAAGAAGAACAAAGUCCUGGGAUUCCUGGCCAGCACAGGGGUCCAAGACCACCACUCAGCUAUUGCUCAGGAAGAUAUUGCCCCCUCGUGGUUCCUCAAAUAACAGGGAAAAGCUGGCCCUGGAAAGGACUGCUAAUUAGUACAUCAAGACACAGUUUUCCCAUAAAUUGUAGCCUUGCUUCUGAAUAUCUUCAGUUGUAGUUUCCAUGGACUCUUGGUUUAUUUCCCUCCCGGAUACACCUUUGUUCCUCGCCCCGCAGUGCGGCCCGGGACGCUGUCGGGCAGCGUGUGUUUGUGUCCGCGCGCGUGUGCGUGCCUACAGUUGCGUAACUUGGAGGACUUUUUGGAGACUUUCGUCCGGACCCUAUUUGUCAGUGGUCUGCCUCUGGAUAUCAAACCUCGAGAGCUCUAUCUGCUUUUCAGACCAUUUAAGGGCUAUGAAGGUUCUCUUAUAAAGCUCACAUCUAAGCAGCCUGUAGGUUUUGUCAGUUUUGACAGUCGCUCAGAAGCAGAAGCUGCAAAGAAUGCUUUGAAUGGCAUCCGCUUCGAUCCUGAAAUUCCGCAAACACUACGACUAGAGUUUGCUAAGGCAAACACGAAGAUGGCCAAGAACAAACUAGUAGGGACUCCAAAUCCCAGUACUCCUCUGCCCAACACUGUACCUCAGUUCAUUGCCAGAGAGCCGUAUGAGCUCACAGUGCCUGCACUUUACCCCAGUAGCCCUGAAGUGUGGGCCCCGUACCCUCUGUACCCAGCGGAGUUAGCGCCUGCUCUACCUCCUCCUGCUUUCACCUAUCCCGCUUCACUGCAUGCUCAGUGUUUCUCUCCUGAGGCAAAGCCCAACACACCUGUCUUUUGUCCACUUCUCCAGCAAAUUAGAUUUGUCUCUGGGAAUGUGUUUGUCACAUAUCAACCUACUGCAGACCAGCAGAGGGAGCUCCCAUGUUGAAUUUGUUUGUUAGCUAUAUUAACCCCCUUUUGCAAAAACUAUUUCUUGGCAACCUUUGAGAGAUUCAAUAAAAAUUUUACUCGGAACAAAAAAAAAAAAAGAUCUCAA